GUCGUCGAUGGAUCCCGAGCUCGAGCAGCUCGAUCUCGACCCCGAGGAUCUGCAACCCUCGACCCCGCUGAAGAAGGUCCCCGCCGGCGACCUCUUCGAGGCGGCGCGCGCCGGCGACGUGGAGCGGCUGCGGCUGCUCCUGGAGGGCGGCGCGGCGAACGUGAACGCCCGCGACCGCUGGGACUCGGUGGCGCUCUACUACGCCUGCCUCGCCGGGCACCUGGACGCGGCGCGCAUGCUCCUCGAGGCCGCCCUCCGCCACGCCUUCCUCUCCUGCGCCGCCAACCGCGCCGCCUACCUCGACCAGUGCGCCGACGAUGCCGCCGCCGCCGCCUGGGCCAGAGGUUACUUUUCAGCGGAUGAUGGUUCGACUUCUGGUUCCUUGCCUCCCGAUAUUACAUUCUAUGUCGACGGAAGGCCUAUAGAGGCUCAUCGAGUCAUAUUAAGCGCCCGGUCGUCCUUCUUCAAGAGGAAAUUCGAGUCAGAGUGGAAAUACAAGAAGGAAGUGAGAUUUUCUAGCCAAAAAUUAUCUUAUCGUGCUUUGUACAGCCUUAUCCAUUUCUUCUACUCUGAUAGAUUGGAAGUGGCGGUGGACAACAUGGAAGACCUCGCACGCACAUGCAAAGCCUGCAAGUGCGAGGAAUUGCAAAAGAUUUUACAGAAGGAACUUAUUCACCAAAAGUAUGCAGAAUAUAAAUCGUUAAGAGAAGUAGAUAAUUCUCAAAAACGGUUUAUAUUACAAGGAUUAUCUCUACCAGAGGAGGAUAGACUCCCUUCUGCAUUGAAUCGGAUUUUACAAGUAUCUCUUGCCAGUUCGAGUGGAGAGAACACGAGCACGAAUGAGAUAGAGAUGAGAGAAUCGGGUGAUGACCUUGCUGAUCUUUGUGUGAAAGUUGGUCCUAAGGUUUUCCGGUGCCACCAAGUGAUCCUGGCCGCAAGGUCAGAAUAUUUUAGGGCAAGGUUAUGUCGAAUGACAGAUUUUCUUGAAGGGAAUAAUGAGCCGUCUAAUUUCUCGCUUCCCUUCCUUGAGGAGCAUGACUUGAGUACAGAAGCAUUCGAGAAGAUGAUUGAAUAUAUGUACACUGAUGGCUUGAAGGAUAUGGACCCAGAUCAGGCUGAGGAAAUGUUUGAUGCAGCAUCCAGAUACUUGUUAUUUCCACUUAAACGUGCUGUUGCGGAUGUACUGUUACCGCAUCUGGAGAUGGUUUCACCUGCCGAACUUUGCCACUGGCUGAUAUUAGCUGACAUGUAUGCUGUUGCUUCCUAUCUCUCCUUUUGUAUGGUGUUGUAAAGAUAAGGGAAUAUUGUUUGGAUGUCAUUGCUUGUAAUUUUGAGACAUUCGCCGAUACACGUGAAUUCAGAGCGAUACUACUGACACUCCCGCCGCCCUCUGGGGACUCCUCAUUGAGGACUACCCGCCCUAGUGCUCCGGGAUCU